CCCAUAUCGCAAGGGAGCAAGGCGGUGCGAGCGGCCCCAACAGCGACAUCACGAGGCAACGACGGCGACGAGUUGAAAGGUGCGAAUUCACAUGCCCAGCAGUUCCGUGCGCCAUGCCGCCCAUUUCGCAGGCCUGCGUUGGGUUCCGCCCGGUGGUCCCUCUCCGUCCCAGCUCUCCGACUGCGAUGCCGCUCUCACAGAAGGCGCAUGCGAGAAUCCAGCAGACCUCGGCAUCUCCUCCUAGGAACCUUCAGUGCCGGCCGCAGCCAUACCCAGCAGCUUUCUCGCUCCACGCUUCGCCUUUGCGAAGACAGGAGCACACUGCACGUGCCGGGCGUGAGCGCGGGAACGCGACUCCUCGCAGCCAGCUGCGCGAGUGGCUCACGCAGCGCAUCCAAGCGGUUCAGACCGAGAUCUCUGAGUUCCAGACCACCAGGCUUCAGCCUCCCAGCGGCAGCGCCCGCACUUCGCCCUGCCGCGCAGCGAAGGCACAUGCCAGUUUGGCUGUACCUCCGCGAGCUGCGAGGUCAGCAUCACCGCCGGGCCUUCCGCAAUCACUGCUGAAGGCAAGCUCUCCUGGACCGCGUGUGAGCAUGGCCCGACGGCCAGCAAGUUCGUCACCUCCGAGAAAAGACGUGAAGGUGACCAUCGCGGUGACAGCCGCAGCGAGAUUCAGAGGGAGAAGGCCGAGCCAGACGUCGCUCGGAGAGGAGACGGCAGUGCGCCGACUGCAGCGAUUCAUCCGGAGGCGCCGUCAGGUUCGCAGGGAGGCCGCCAAGCGAGAGGUCACCAGGGCAACGACAAUGGCUGGCACAGCUCCAAGAGAGUGCGAGGUGGUGAGCCUGAGCGACUCGCCGAGAGUAGAAGUGCUCCAGAGUGCCCGGCUGGAGGCACCAGAAUUGGAGGUGGAGGCAGUGCGCCUGCGGAUGGAGGUGCUGCAUGGAAGGCUUGCGUGCACGCAUCAUGCGGCCUGUCGAAUUCAGCGAGCUUGGAGGAUCUCGCAGUGGCGCAGGAGCUUUGUGGACUUCUCCCGGCACCAGAUUGGUUGGCUGGGGAGCCUCAGCUGGCUGAGACGGCAUCAUUUUCUGUAUGGCAAUGAGCUGGCGGACAGCGAAGAUGUCAGGUGGUGGCUGAAGCAGCGGCAAGAAGCCCCGUUGGAUCGUCAGGUUGACCCAUGGGGCUUCUACAUGCUGCAGGAGCACUUGUCGCGAUCCUGGCAGAGGCCCACCAGAGCCUCCAGGUCUUCGACCCGUUCCGGCCCGACGAUUUCCGGGCCUUCAUCCAGGACGAAGCAGAGCCAGGCGCAGCUCAACGCCUCUGCGAAGCGGGUCUCGGCAGCAUCCACCAGCUCUCUGCACCAGGCGACCAAGUUGCAGGACUCGAAAGUUCACGAGAUACGUCGAACCUGUCAAGUAACAAAUGCAAUGACUUGGACGCAGGGCGGGCUUCAAAGGGCUGGGAGGAAUUCACGUUUGAGUCACCCGUGUUUGUUUUCCUCUCCACCAAAUUCAUCUUCCAAUCCAAUGCGAAGGUGCGGGUCAGGGCCAAUGGUAAGUCGAGCUCACAGGACGUCGCAGACGAUCCUGCGAUCUGGCUCGGGACCAUUGCUGCAGCGUCAGCGAUAGGCCAUUGCCCUCCUGAGACGUCCAAAGCAAUCUGACGCCUUAGGGAAAUCGGUAAAUGCAUUCUCACCAUCGACUAGUUCUUGAAUGGGAUUCCUGAUGUCAAUCAAACAAAGUCAAUUUCCAUGCAUACCCUAAUGCGUCGGCGGAACUGGGGGGGGC